AUGAAUUUUCUUGCAUUAUGUCUCGUGUUAACCUCGCUAGCAACCGCACAAAUCCCUAAACCGAGAGAAGAAGAUGUGAUUGUGAAGGAAGGCCGCAGAGUCGUGGUGGUCGAGUACGAGAAAGACGACGGCAACACCAAGGUUUGGAUCUCUCCGCAGGAUGAAAAAAUGCCCGAUAAUUUGGUGAAGAAAGUGAAGGAGGCUUCCUCUUCUGCUGUUGAUGAAAUGGGUGAUUUAGUUGGAAAAAUCCAAGAUAAUGAGAAUGUUCAGAGCAAAUUCCGGCCUCGAGAGCUCGUUUGCGACGCCUAUGGCAAGUGCAAGCACAAGCUCGCCUCGGCCUUGGGGAAAACGGCCGAGGCUGCGGAGGAGGUGAAGGAGAAGUUUGUAGAAGGUAAGGAGAAGGUGGAAGAGAAGUUUGUAGAAGGAAAGGAGAAGGCGGAGGGGGCAGAGGAAAAGGUGAAAGAGAAGUUUGUAGAAGGUGGAGGGGGCGGAGGAGGAGCUUCUAGAAGGUAA